AUGAAGACCCUGAACAAUCGGGCUGAGAGCCACCUGACUGGGCAAGUGGACUUUGAGUUGGACAAAGUAGGUAAUGGGGGCUGGGUGAACCAGAGCUACUGUAGCUCCCCUCCACCCUUCCCCCAGGUCACCACUGUCUUCAACCCCAAACCCCACUUCGAGGGGAACAUGAAUAGCCUGUACAACCUGGACACCCCGAUAGCGCUCCCAGAGGACCCACCAACCAAAGACCAAAGUCUGAAGAAACGAAGAGGCUGCUGCUGUUUUAUCAAAGCACUGUGGGGGACAACGCUGACCAAAAACACCUCUGACAACAGAGAGCAGUUCAUCCGAACCACGCUGCGGGAGCUGCUGGUCUAUGUCUUUUUCCUGGUGGACAUAUGCCUCCUGACAUAUGGGAUGACCAGCUCAAGCGCCUACUAUUACACUAACGCCAUGACGAACCUGUUUGUGAAUACACCCAGUAGCAGUGGGGUUACGUUUCAGUCUAUUGGCUCCAUGGCUGACUUCUGGACCUUCGCCCAGGGCCCACUGUUGAACGGACUCUACUGGACAACGUGGUACAAUAACCAGCCCUUGGAAAGCGGAAACACGUCUUUCAUCUACUACGAGAACAUGCUGCUGGGUGUCCCCAGGAUGAGGCAGAUCAAGAUCAAGAACAACUCCUGCACUGUCUACAGUGACUUCGAAAAUGGGAUCAAAGGCUGUUUCGCCGUUUACACUAACCAGAAGGAAGACGAGCAGAGCUUCGGCCUCAUCAACGGCUCUGCCUGGACCUACCACACAGAGAAAGAGAUAAAGGGUUCCUCUUACUGGGGCUUGGUGGCCACCUACAGUGGAGCAGGAUACUAUCAAGACCUGAGUCGCACACAAGAGGAGAGCGCCAACAUACUGACAGAGCUACAGAACAACCUUUGGCUGGACAGAGGAACCAGAGCAGUCUUCAUCGACUUCUCCACUUACAACGCGAACAUCAACUUGUUCUGCGUCAUCACGUUGGUGGUUGAAUUCCCAGCGACCGGUGGAGCAAUCCCUUCCUACCAGAUCCGAACAGUCAAACUGAUUCGCUACAUAACGACCUGGGACUACUUCAUCCUAGGCUGCGAGUUGCUCUUCUGUGUGUUCAUCUUCUACUACAUUGUGGAGGAGAUUCUUGAGCUGAAAAUACACAAGUUCUCCUAUUUCAAUAGCAUCUGGAACAUACUAGACAUUGUUGUCAUAUUGCUUGCCAUUGUUGCCAUCAUAUUCAAUGUAUUUCGGACCAUCAAAGUGGACAGCUUGCUUGGGAAUCUGCUGAAAAAUCCUAACAUCUAUUCAGAUUUUGAAUUUCUGGCAUUCUGGCAAACCCAGUAUAACAACAUGAAUGCGGUUAACCUGUUUUUCGCAUGGAUCAAGAUUUUUAAGUACAUCAGUUUCAGUAAGACCAUGAAUCAGCUGUCCUCCACGCUGGGCCGAUGUGCCAAAGACAUCUUCGGAUUCGCCAUCAUGUUCUUCAUCGUGUUCUUUGCUUAUGCUCAACUCGGAUAUUUGCUCUUUGGAAUGCAGGUUCAAACAUUCAGCACCUUUGUAAAGUGCAUCUUCACACAGUUCCGAAUUAUUCUUGGAGACUUUGAUUUUGAUGCCAUCGACAGCGCUAACAGAGUCCUUGGGCCGAUCUACUUUGUCACUUAUGUGUUUUUUGUUUUCUUUGUUCUGCUGAACAUGUUCCUGGCCAUCAUAAAUGAUACAUAUGCAGAGGUGAAGCAGGAGCUCUCUGAAAAAGAUGAACUACAAAUUACUGACAUUUUUAAACAGAGCUACAUGAAGACAUUUAUGAAGCUGAAGCUUAAAAAAGAGAAAAUAUCAGAUGUUCAGAAGGUUCUACACUCUGGAUCUGGAGAUCUUGAAUUUCAGGACUUCAGAGAAACUCUUAAAGAGAUGGGACAUGGCGAUCAAGAAAUAAACGCAGCCUUCUCCAAGUUUGACCGCGACGGGAACAAAAUUCUAGAUAAAGACGAACAGAGGUGGAUGAAAGCUGAGCUGGAGCAAAAGAGGGAGGCUCUCAGUGCCGAAAUCAACAAUCUCGGAAUGAACUAUCAGAUGGAAUUACACGAGAAGCCUCCUGUCAAAUCCAACGAGCACAAGAGCAAUUCCAGUCAAACCUUUGUGGAGCGGGAACAUUUCUUGAGUCUGGCCAAACAGGUUCUUCACCUUGAAAGCUCCGUGGCAGGCAUUGCGUCCCAGACUGAGCUGAUUAUGGAGAAACUGGGAUUACAAGGGAAAGCUAAAGACGCUGCAACAGCAAAGAAACCGUGA